AUGCAGAUUGGUCAGCCAUGUCGCUUAGAUAACUCACACUACUCUAUGGUAUACGACUCUGCGAGCAGCCUUCCGCCUAGAGCGAUUGGAUUCAUUAUUGCACAGCGACCCCAUCUAGAUAACCUGUCGCGUAUACUGUAUUACUUCCGGACGACGCAUAUUGAAUUCCCAGACACAGCAAAUGGUUCUGUGAAAAGAAGAAGUCGGAUUGGGGGCCAGGUGAACUCGCAUAAUGCGAAGGAAGACAGUCGCUUCAACCGCCUCCAUGCUUCCUCGCAGGCUUUUGUUUCCUCAGAGGGUUACUUUUACCGCUUUGACGGUUGGUACGAUGCGGUAUUCCUUUAUCCUAUUGACGGCAAAGGUGUGCUGGAGAAUAUUCCAAACGACUGGUUAUCCUCGGUUGAGAGAAACACAGCACCCUGUGAGAUGCAGUACUUGUGCUACUCAUUUCACCCAUGGUUUUCGAGUCCUUUUCACGCGCUCCAAUACCUGGCGCUUCCUGAAAGCGGUGUCUGCUACUCCGUGAGCAUCUGCCAUCGGUGUCUGAGCCCUUUUUUCUCGGAAAAACACCUGACGAUACACAUGGAAGGCUACUGUGAGCGCUUGGAUCCGCCAGGGACGUUGAUUUAUCACGAUCCAACUAGUGGUAGGCGGGUGUGGUAUGUCGACGGCGCGCAGCACCUACACUACGCUCGCUGCAUUUCCUUGCUCGGGAACUGCUUCAUUGAGAGCAAGCUGCUCCGUAAUGAUGUUGACAUGUAUGAAUUCUUCAUCAUCACGCUACCUCGAACGGCGCUGCCGUAUGUCCCUGGUAGCCAUUUCGAAAACGAGACGCAGUUCAAACGAAGUGCCGUGAGCUUCGAUAAGGCGAAGUGGUCGGGGCAUGUUGUGGCUGGCUAUUUUAGCCGUCUCAAGCACAAGCCCCAUCACACGCUCUCGUGUAUUGUGACGUUGCCGAUGUUUCAGCGGAUGCGACUUGGCAGCUUCAUGCUGGAUGUUGCUUACGCUCUGAUGGUGGAACGAGGGCAGCAGUGCGGCUGCUCACAGUGGUGCGGGUGCUUAAAACAAGACGGAGGGUGCAUUAGCAGGCCUUUUUCCCCGCACGGGGAAUCCCUGUUGUUGUCAUACUGGAGGCGCUCCCUGGAGCGCCUUUCGCGGAAUCGCAAACAUGAGGCUAACCCGAACGUGUUUUCUACCCUGGAGGAGCUGCGGAGUGCCAUGGAUAUUCCCAUCGCAGCAAAAGACCUACUCUUUUUGUUGACUCACGACAACAUUGCUUUCUACUCCUCAAGUGAAAAACACUGGGAUACGCGAAGCCCUUGUGAGUUCAACGAAGUCGUGAAUAAGAGGACCUACAAUGUUUCUCUUGUAUUUGACAAGCAUCAGAUAGAGACAAUUUUUGAAAAGCCUGACCAAGGCUACGAGUUAGGGGACUUUCAAAGGAAGUGGUUCAGGCGGAACACUGACCAGUCUCUAGUGUAUAAUAAAACAUUAUUCCAUUACUAA